UCACGCUCAGUCACUUGUCAACGGGUGCGAGGUUACGUGGCCGUAGUUUUAAAAAUUAAUCAGAAAUAUGUGCUCCAAAAUUCUGAUACUUUUGACUCUUACGUGUGUUAGUUCAUCGUAUGGAUAUUUUAUUACGGUGGACGCGCACGCAGAGGAAUGCUUUUUUGAUAAAGUGGAAACUGGGACUAAAAUGGGUCUCACUUUUGAGAUAGCGGAAGGUGGAUUUUUGGAUAUUGAUGUCCGAAUCGUUGGACCUGAUAAUAAAGUUAUUUAUCAAGGUGAAAGAGAAACGUCAGGAAAGUACACAUUUUCAGCACACACUCCAGGAACUUAUACGUACUGUUUCUCGAAUAAAAUGUCAACAAUGACCCCAAAAGUCGUCAUGUUCAAUAUGGCGAUAGGUGAAUCUCCGAAAGCGGAGGCACAAGAGGGUGAAAAUACUAAUAAAUUGGAAGAUAUGAUUCGCGAAUUGAGCGCAUCGCUGACUGGCGUCAAGCAAGAACAAGAAUACAUGCAAGUCAGAGAUCGUAUUCACCGCAGUAUCAACGAAAGCACGAAUUCAAGAGUGGUCAUGUGGUCGUUCUUUGAAGCUUUAAUUCUAGUGGCAAUGACCGUCGGACAGGUGUACUAUUUAAAGCGAUUCUUUGAGGUACGAAGGGUCGUUUAAGAAUGUCUUCAAUUUUUGUUGUGAUUUUUGUAAAAUAUAUCAAUUUUUUUUAAUAAAACUAAUUUAUAAACAGAA